CAACGCUAAAUAAUGAUACUAUUCAAUAUAUACCCUUUCUCCAACAAAACAGCACAGUAAAUAUGCCUCCAAAUUCAUCCUUCUUGCUCCAUAGGAUCCACAAUAACACCCCCAAUACGAACUCCACCUCCACCACAACUAUAGCUACAGCUGAUAAUUCCUCCAUGCUUUGCCAAAAGCGGUAUCCUUUAACAUGCACCAUGCCUGUCCCCGACACCGUUGCUCGCCACCAUACCCACCCUGUUGGCCCCAAUCAGUGCUGCUCAGCCGUCAUCCAGCAGAUCGCGGCCCCUGUCUCAACUGUCUGGUCCGUCGUUCGCCGCUUCGAUAACCCACAGGCUUACAAGCACUUCGUGAAGAGCUGUCACGUCAUCGUUGGGGAUGGUGAAGUUGGUACCCUCCGUGAAGUCCACGUCAUCUCGGGCCUCCCGGCCGCUAGGAGCACGGAACGCCUCGAGAUCCUUGACGACGAGCGUCAUGUUCUCAGCUUCAGCGUCGUCGGUGGAGACCAUCGACUAGCCAACUACCGGUCGGUGACGACCCUCCACCCUUCGACUGCCGGGAAUGGAACGAUGGUGGUGGAAUCAUACGUGGUGGACGUACCGCCGGGGAACACCAAAGAUGACACGUGUGUGUUCGUGGACACCAUUGUUCGGUGCAACCUGCAGUCACUGGCUCAGAUCGCAGAGAAUCUCGCCAGACGCAAAUAACAAACAUCGAAAGGAAGCCAUUUUCGUGAGUGAAACUCUUCAUCAAAAUAGAUUAAUUCUCUCCCUCUCUCUCUCGCAUGCUUUUUGUAAAAAAAAAUCUUUGGUGAUACAUCGUCGUUUUUGUAAGUAUCCGAUAGUUGGGUUGCCGAUGGAACAUCUCAUCACUGCCAAGUUCAUGUUUAUCGAUUCGCCUGAUGAUCAGCCUCUUUUGUUUUUUACUCUUUCUUUUUUUUUUCUUUAAUCUGGGAAAUAUUAUUAAUAAAUACACACACCACUUCAUUGUUAAAAAAACAUAUUAGCCUCCACUAUUUUCUGUCGUCAUUACUGCCGGCUGUUCUCUCCAGUUUGUAUAUAUAGCUUUAUAAAAUUAGACACUAGAAUAAAAAACUAGAUAUAUAUAGUUUUAAAUAGUUAAUCUUGAAUCAAAUGGAUGGAUCGCAAUUUGGGGAGAUACUUGGUAUUAUUACAAGGGUAAAGCUAUAAUAAAAUGCGUUAACGUGAAAGAUGGUACUGUGCUGCAUUAGACAGAAAGAGAUGACCAGUAAAAUGGCAGUGUUCGUUUGAAAAACAAGCUGCAUGCGGAGUUGAGUGUUUUAACGUUAAGUUUCCAUGUCAAAGGGAAGGUCUUGAAUUUCAUCAUCCAGGAGUUGGAACGUUUCUGCCGAUGGUCCACAGCCUAUCAUCCGGUUUCGGUACAACAAAAAAGUGUAAAAUCUUUUUGGGGUUUGAAUUUUUAGAAUGGGAAAGGGCCGGUCUUGGCGACAAAGACCAAAUACCUCGCAGGACCACGAGGAGCAUGUGUUUUGCUCAAUGUAAAUUCAAGAAGAUGGUUACAUGCGUGCACAUGAUGUGCUAAGAGAUUUUGAUUCACCUGAAAUUGGAGCAAAAGGAAGUUCUUCUUUAUGGAAUAUUAGAGCAUGGGAACUAUAUAUGGUAAAAACUUGGGUGCUUUUGCAUAUCACAGUGGAGGUGAAGGGGUGCGUUUCUUUUUUCUUCUUAACAGUAAAUAGGAAAUGAAAAUCAUGGCAAAUGAGGCGCACGUUUGCAGUUUAUGGGCAGAUAAGAAGAUGAAUUUUCAAAGGGUAAGUCAGCACUCAUGCGGUUCACAUCGUUUUCAUUAGACGGUGCUCACCGGAACAUGAAUUGCAGCAGGUCCAGUAAAACCGCCGUUCAAUUAUUACUUGCUUGCAUCUUGGUCUGGGGCUAUAAAAAUUUUAUCCUCUGAUCUGAUAAAAUGGAAUUAUUAUGAUUAGGGGGUUGUUUGAAUUUUUCAAUGGUAAAAAGUUGGUAAAAGAUGCUCGCCUAAUGUAUCAGCGCAAGAAGUCAAUUCAAAUGAAGAUUGUUUUUUUCUUCAAGGCAGGAGCUGAAAGGGCUGAUAAUUCAAAUAUGUGGUAACAUAUAUGAAUACUAGUAUAUUGAGAAGCAAGAAAACAAAAUAAAUCUGUACAAUGGGAUGGGGCCGGCGAAGUAACCAACAAAUUUCCGGUAGUUGCAUUAAAAUACUAAUAACGUGAAGGGAAUCCAACCGCUGCCUCUCUCUCUCUCUCUCUCUCUCUCUCUCUCUCUUUGCUGCAACUUGACUUUGAUAACUCAACUCAACUCAACUAGUUGCAUGUUAAA